CUGGUUCCUACCUCGUGUCCGCUUCAUGCCUCUCCACAAGCUGGGCCCAGCCCUCUGUGCCUAGAGCUGAGCCCCCGUAUCCAGAAACCCCGCCCGGACAGCCAGAACUCAGGCCGACAGUGUCCAAGGGUCUUUGCCCAAGGUCUCAACUGCAAAUACAGAGAUUCGCUAAUUGCUAAGUUGGCAACUUGUUAUUGGAAACAUCGGUGCUCCGUGACUGGGUGAUGUAGCCAGUGGGUCCUUUGCCAAAUGAGCUGUUGACCACAUUCCACUGGGAGGAUUAGUCGGCUCCUCUGAAGGCCUGACUGUCCCGCGGGAAAGGCUGGAUGUGACCUGUGACUCAGGCCAGGCAGGCCCAGGGUGCUGGGUGCUCCUGUGAGUCGCUCCCUGCCAGCCAGGGGCCACUGGCUUUCCGGUCAGUGCUGUGUCCUCCUCAGCCUUGGGCCAGGCACCGUGAUGACCCCGCAGGAUGAGCCCCACACACACUCAUGAAAUUUCCAGUGAAAGCUGCAGACGCUGCAGGCUGAGUUCCUGGGCCCGAUGGCCCCGCUGCCCUCGCUCCUGGGCCGAAGGGCCCCCCAGGUGGCCAGGUGCCCAGGGCCCUCAGGCCCCUAACUAGGCCAUCCUGGGCAUCCCGGACGGCGGGCUGGAAGCCCGAGGCCCAAGUGGGUGCGCAGCCCCGCCCGGCCUCCUGCCUCCCCAGGCACCCAGGCCGCGGUGGGGCAGGGCCUUGUCCCGAGCUGACUCCGUGGGCCCUGGCGGGUCCCGGCCCGGGGUGCGGGGUCUCGAGGCCAGAGGGGCAGGGCUGCAGUCGGAGCUCGGGGCCCCACCCGGCCUCUUUCCCACCCCUGCGCUGACUCACCCCUGACCCACUUGGCGGCCCCGGGCGCAGGGCCAGGCGCCUAUAAAGGCAGGCGGGCCCAGGCCCUGCACCCUGCUCAGUUGCCACCUGUCACCGCGCCAUGCUGGGAGGCCUGGGGAAACUCGCCGCCGAGGGCCUGGCCCACCGCACCGAGAAGGCCACCGAGGAGGCUGUUCACGCCGUGGAGGGAGUGGUGAAGGAGGUACUAGAGCACGCCAAGGAGGCCGGAGAGAAAGCCGUCGCCGAUGCCCUGAAGAAGGCCCAGGACUCCGGAGAGAAAGUAGUGAAGGACGUCACCGCAACGGUGACCGAGGCCGUGACGGGCGCCGUGGCCCACGCCGUGGAGGGCCUGGGCCCGCGGGGGCAAUGAGCAGGCCUGAGGGGCUCCCGCGCCUCAAUAAAGGGCCGCCCCACCA